CCGCAGUGUUAUGCAGAAAUACCUGGAAGACCGGGGUGAGGUGACCUUUGACAAGAUAUUUUCUCAGAAGAUUGGGUACUUGCUAUUUCGAGACUUCUGCCUGAAUCAGAUGGAGGAGGCCAAGCCACUGGUGGAAUUCUAUGAAGAGAUCAAGAAGUAUGAGAAGCUGGAUUCUGAGGAGGAGCGUGCAAUGAAGAGCCGCCAGAUCUUUGACACAUAUAUCAUGAAGGAGCUGCUGUCAUGCUCUCAUCCAUUCUCCAAGAGUGCCACGGAGUACGUGCAGAGCCGCCUCAGCAAGAAGCAGGUUCCACCUGACCUGUUCCAGCCAUACAUUGAAGAGAUUUGUCAGUGCCUGCGUGGGGAUAUCUUCCAUAAGUACUUUGAGAGUGACAAGUUCACACGGUUCUGUCAGUGGAAGAAUGUAGAGCUGAACAUCCAUCUGACCAUGAAUGACUUCAGUGUCCACCGCAUCAUCGGGCGUGGUGGCUUUGGCGAGGUCUACGGUUGCCGGAAAGCAGACACAGGCAAAAUGUAUGCGAUGAAGUGUCUGGAUAAGAAGAGGAUUAAGAUGAAGCAGGGGGAGACGCUGGCCCUGAACGAGCGCAUCAUGCUGUCUCUUGUCAGCACCGGGGAUUGCCCCUUCAUCGUGUGCAUGUCGUAUGCCUUCCAAACACCUGACAAGCUCAGCUUCAUCCUGGACCUCAUGAAUGGGGGCGACCUACAUUACCACCUGUCCCAGCAUGGGGUCUUCUCAGAAGCUGAGAUGCGUUUCUAUGCCGCAGAGAUCAUUCUGGGCCUGGAACACAUGCACAACCGCUUUGUGGUGUACCGAGACCUCAAGCCAGCCAAUAUCUUGCUGGAUGAGUUUGGCCAUGUCCGUAUCUCAGACCUGGGUCUUGCCUGUGAUUUCUCCAAGAAGAAGCCUCAUGCCAGUGUGGGAACGCAUGGGUACAUGGCCCCAGAGGUUCUGCAGAAAGGCGUGGCCUAUGACAGCAGUGCUGACUGGUUCUCUCUAGGCUGCAUGCUCUUCAAACUACUGAGGGGACACAGUCCCUUUCGGCAGCACAAGACUAAAGACAAACACGAGAUUGACCGCAUGACACUCACCAUGGCUGUGGAACUGCCAGACUCCUUUUCAUCUGAGCUGCGCUUACUGUUGGAGGGGCUGCUCCAGCGAGAUGUCAAUCGUCGCCUGGGUUGCAUGGGCCGUGGGGCGGCUGAGGUGAAGGAGAGCCCGUUCUUCCAGGGCCUGGACUGGCAGAUGGUCUUCCUCCAGAAGUACCCACCACCCUUGAUCCCACCACGUGGGGAAGUGAAUGCCGCUGAUGCUUUUGACAUCGGUUCCUUUGAUGAAGAGGACACAAAAGGAAUCAAGCUGCUGGAUAGUGACCAGGAGCUCUACCGCAACUUCCCCCUCACCAUCUCGGAGCGCUGGCAGCAGGAGGUGACGGAGACCGUGUUCGACACAGUCAAUGCAGAGACUGACAAGCUGGAGGCCCGCAAAAGAGCCAAGAACAAGCAGCUGGGCCACGAGGAAGAUUACGCCCUAGGCAAAGACUGCAUCAUGCAUGGCUACAUGUCAAAACUGGGGAACCCUUUCCUCACCCAGUGGCAGAGGAGAUACUUCUACCUCUUCCCCAACCGGUUGGAGUGGCGUGGAGAAGGAGAAUCCCCGCAGUCUUUGCUCACGAUGGAAGAGAUCCAGUCAGUGGAGGAGACACAGAUGAAGGACAGAAAGUGCAUCCUGCUCAAGAUCCGGGGAGGCAAGCAGUUUGUCCUGCAGUGUGAUAGUGACCCUGAGCUGGUGCAGUGGAGGAAGGAGCUGCGCGAUGCCUACCAGGAGGCCCAGCAGCUGCUGCAGAGGGUGCCCAAGAUGAAGCACAAGCCGCGCUCGCCAGUGGUGGAGCUGAGCAAGGUCCCGCUGAUCCAGCGCAGCAGCAGCAGCACCACCACCAACGGCCUCUGACCUUCCUCCACGUCCCCUCCCAUCCUUAAUUUAUUUGGCUGGGCUUGUCCACUGUCCCCAUCCUCUCUCCUGUCUCUCUUUCUGCUGAUUGUCGUGACGUCCACCCCAGCCCCCUGGGGUAUUGUAGUGAGGGGGUGGGGACAUCCAAAACGUGUGGGACAAGCUUCUCCGCGUGUCCCACCCUCCCCAGAGCACAUGGGGACUGAUGUCCAUUUCAAGGGGAAGGAGCCCAGUUGGAAAGAUGGGUUCAGGUCAGCACAUCCCUCACUAAGGAAGGCCGGGAUUUAAGGCCCUGCAUUUAAAUAGGACCAAUGGAGGAGAAUGUUCUGGAGUGCGCACGGUGUAUCUUGGAACAUUCCCUGCUUCCUCCCUGUGGUGCCAGACAUGUGUUAGUAUGCAUCUGAGGAGCAUCAGCUAGCUUCGGCUUUGCUCCUCGUGGGGUGCUGAGGGAGGGAGUGUGCAUCCUCUGAACUGAGCCCCCCCCCUUUCACGAGUAAGGAUGGAAAGAGAUCUAAAUGAGAGUCUGGAUGCCAUUGCCUUUAUCUUCCAGUUCCAAGCUCUGACGGGAGUUGCACAGCUGAUCCUGCAUCAAGGGUGCUCUGGUUCUGGCAGGGAAAGCUCGAGAGAGCAUGCUUUUCACUGCUGUUAGCCCUUGCUCAGAGUACUAGUUAAUCAGCCAUUGUGCCAUAACCAUCGCUUUCAGGGUUGGCUGGGUUUCUACUCUAGGAGGGUGGAAAAGUUGCCUGGAAGCUACGAUUACCCAGAAGGACUUGCCAAACAGAUGAAGGCUUACCCCCACUUCCUCCCCCCCCAUGACAACCCUGUGUUCCUGAGUCCAUCCCUUAAUACUUACUUGCACCCUUUUCCCAUCCCAUUAGCUGCCACUCCACAUCUGAGAUCUCUGCAGUGAGGCUGUUGUUCCUGCAGCCUUAGAAUCACGAUUCCUCUGCUUACGCUAUCCCAGGCCUGGACAAAUAUUCUCUAGCAAUUGUGCCAAAUUUCACAAUGAUUUGUAUCUCCAUCCAGGUGGACCAGUGGAGGACCUACAAAGUCCUAUUCCCUGUCACCCCGGGGCCAUGCCUGGACCAAGUUCCCUGCCAUUUGAUUGUCCCAGACUGUGCUCUUGCCUCCGAUUCUUCUCCUUGGAGUAGGAUGAGAACUGUCUUUGCUCUGCUGUCUCCACUGCCAAACUUAUUCAGCUUUGCUGUGGAAAGGAGGAGGAGCAGCAGAGAUUCAUGCCAAAAGAGAUUCAGAACUGCCUGUCUUCUGCUUGGGGCCCCUCUGGAGUGGGGCUGGAGUGGAGGAGGCAGGAGCUGGAAACUCAGCCUGGAUGAGGCCCUGUGUGCCAACUCCAAGGGUCUGAAGGACUCUGUAAAUAAUCUCUGUGCCAAGAGGCCAGGCCGGCUGUGGAAAAGUGGGCCUGCUCUUCCCCUGUAUUAAGAACUCCCCUCCCUCACAGCAGUGUUAUGAUUUUUCUCACAGGCUGAGGAGAAAGGUCAGGUUGAAUUAAGCCUGUGCCCCUCCUCUUUCACUUGCCGUUAAGAGAGGGGGUGGCGUGUGGGUAGGGGUCAGGUCCCCUCCCCCUGGUCUCACUGCCCAAGUGCAUGCAAUUGCCUCUGCUGCAUGCCCCCCCCCCCAACCCUGCCGAUGAACUCUUCCUGUUCUUCUACCUGACUCCUAUUUUCCUUCCAGGGUGAUUAUCCCCAGGAGGAGAUAGGUGGAAUGGAGCCCCUUUCCUUGCAGUGUCUGUAAAUAUUGAUCUCUGGUUUGUCUCUCUGGGUUAUUAUUAUGGAUUUUUUGCCGAUUUUUGAAUGUGAUUUUAAUGAGUGGGUUAAAAAAAUAUUGUUUUUAUAAUAAAAAAGAUCCAAA